CCAGGGAGGGGCAUUUACCACAGAUAGGGCGAGACACGGUGGGGUAAAGUGUACUAAAUCCGCCAUAGGAAAGUACUAAUAGCAAAAUCAUAGAAAAAAAUUCCAAACCAUGAGUUCUGAAGCAAGCGGGGGAAAAGAAAAUGCAGUUGGUUUAGUUUCAGCAAACAAGGAGUGGAAGUGCCCCUUGGGAGAUGGACACAUCCACGGCGAAGAUGUGAGAAAGGUUUGGAAAGAGUGCCAAGAGCAAAGUUUCUGGUACAGAGCUCUUCCCUUCUCUUUGGGCAGCAUGGCCAUCACUGGGGCUCUCAUCUACACUGAUAUUUGGAAAAAGUCAAAGCGAUUUGGUCCCUUUCCGAAACUAGCAGUGGCUGGAAUCCUCGGUUAUGCGGUGGGUAAAGCGUCUUAUGUCAGCACCUGUCGUCGCAAGUUCCAAGAGCUUGGGAUUGGACCGACGUUUGGACCUUGGGCCAGUCCUGGACGCAGAUCCUGUCAACAUGUGUGUGAAGAGUGUAAGAAAAAAUCAGGAGCUACACUAGCAGAGUAAAAGAAAAUGCAAGAAAUGCAUCUGCCAUCUCUCGGUAUUUAAAAUAAGAUUGCAAAUGUAGUUAACCUAAUUAAGACUUGGUGUGAUUUUAGAUUGGUGUUUCAUAAAAAAAAUACUGUAUUUUAUCUAUCUGUAUAAAUAAUGUAUGUUGUUUUUAGGUGGUGUGGUACAUUUAUAUUGUGUUUACAUUAGUGGUCAAUGCAUAAAAAACUAGAUAUAAUGUCAUAGGUUUAUUAUUUUGUUUAAUUAAGGUAAUUCACAUUUUAAUCAUGUUUUCAUUUAGGUAAGUUCUACUUAUUGACAUUUUUCUCAUAACACCAAAACGUAUCAUAAGUGAUACAUUAGUUUUUUUUAGCCAUCUAUAUCAGUGUAAUUAGUUUUUUUCCUAAUAUACCUGGUGUAUCAGAUCAGAUGCAUGCAUUAAACGUAUAAUUUACAUGAGGGCAGUAAUUUACUAAUUAGAGGACUGUUCAGUGAUCCUGCAAGAUUGCCACAAAAAAGACACUAGAAGCUUGAUUUUUUUUAAGAGAAACUGCCAAAUUUGAAAUAUAUAUCUUUUACUCACAUCAGUAUGAACAGUUAAUCCGUUGGUGCAAUGCACAAUUAUCUAAUAAUUCAUAAAAUAUGUUAUAGCUAAACUGUUGGAAAUGUGUGUAUCAAAUUUGAAACAGCUGGUAUAAAAGGUAUUGUGAAUUGACAUUUUA